UUCUAGGAGGUUGGCAAAUGGCUUAUGUGGGGAGCUUCCUCUAAGUUUCUUUCUCUUCAAGUCCCAUAUAUUCUAAUGCAAUAAAACUUAUACAACUACCUCAUAUUCUAAGAAAGUGAAAUUGUAAAAUAUAUUAGAGAGAGAAUAUCUCUGAUUGAACUCUAGUGAUUGAAAAGCUACUAGACAAAAUGUAGGUGGUGGUGGGCGAGUAAGAGAGAUCUACAAAUAAUUUGUUUGUUUAAUUUCUUCUUCUCUCAUUUUAAUGGUGAUAGAUUGUCAGCUUAGGAAAAUUUAACAGAGAUGGGGAAGACAAGCAGAUGGCUAAGAACUUUCUUGACAGGGAAGAAAGAAAAAGAAAAAUGUCCUAAUAGCAAUCAGAAUUCUAAAAUUCCCACUGAGAAUAAGCCUACAACUCCAAUUUCAAUCCCACAGACAACACCAAAAGAGAAAAGGAGAUGGAGUUUUCGAAGAUCAUCGGCUACAGCAGCAACUCCUCCUUCAAAGGAUUCAAAUUCUGCAGAGGCAAUCUCCACGACUCCAACAAUCGAAAAGACUCAAUUGGAUGCAGAGAAUGAGCAGAAAAAGCAUGCCAUGGCUGUUGCAGUUGCUACUGCUGCAGCUGCCGAUGCUGCAGUUGCUGCUGCACAGGCUGCUGCUGCUGUGAUCCGCUUGACUGCUGCAGCUAAGGGAAGAAACAGUGCCAUUGAAGAAGCUGCUGCUAUUAAAAUUCAAUCUGUUUUCCGCUCUUAUUUGGCCAGAAAAGCUUUGUGUGCAUUGAAAGGAUUGGUGAAGCUGCAGGCAUUGGUUAGAGGUCACCUUGUGAGAAAACGAGCCACAACUACUCUGCGGUGCAUGCAGGCAUUGGUGACGGUUCAGGCUCGAGCUCGUGCUCAGAGGAUCCGGCAGGUUGAAGAUGGAAAGCCUGUGAAUCAUCGGCCAUCGACUCACCGGAGAUCAGUGCAGGAAAAUGGUUUCAGGCAUUCAUAUGAAAUGGAUAGAGGCAUGGAGGAGAACAUCAAGAUUGUGGAGAUGGAUCUUGGUGAUGCAAAAGCAAGUACAAAGAGCAGAAACAGCUAUUCAAUUCAGCCAUUUGUUACAGAGCACAAAUUUUCGACACCUCAGUACGCAUCGAAUCGAGCAAGUUCAAAGCAAGAGAGCUACCAAAUUCAGAUUUCACCAGCUCCAUCAAAUCUAACCGAUAUGAGUCCAAGAGCUUGCAGUGGACAUUUCGAGGACUAUUCUUUCGGCACCGCACAGAGCAGUCCUCAGUACUACUCUGCCAUAUCGAAACCGGAUCCUUCAAGAGUUCCAUUUGCAUUCCCCAGGCCAGAGUAUGCAGAAUCAGUUUCAUAUGAUUAUCAAUUGUUUCCAAACUACAUGGCCAAUACCGAAUCUUCCAAGGCCAAAGUCCGGUCGCAGAGCGCGCCGAAGCAGAGGCCGGAAUCUUUUGAAAGGCAACCGAGCCGGAGAAGAGCAUCGGUGGAAGGAAGGAAUAUACCGAGAGCUGUGAGGAUGCAAAGGUCUUCUUCUCAUGUGGGUGCCACUGCUCAUAAUUACCAGUAUCCUUUGUCCAUCAAGCUUGAUAGAUCCACAGUUUCGCUUAAAGAAAGUGAAUGUGGCUCCACUAGUACCUUGCUCACUAAUACCAACUAUUGCAGAUCUCUUGUGGCUUAUGAUCCUCAUGGAAAUAGGUACUAACGGUGCAUCUUUCUCUCCACAAUUAUGACUGAAAACCUGUGGUUGUUCCAACCAGAAGAAAGAUGGAAAUUUUACCUUAGACAAUGCAAACUCUAAUUAAAGGCCUAAGUGGUGAAGAGCUUGCUGUUUGUAGAUGCUGAUAAAUUCUUUGACUCCACUUUUUUUUUUUUUUUUUUUUUUUUUUGGUUUUUUGGGUCAAUUUCCUAAUUUCAGUGUCAUUUCAAGAGUGUUGUAUUGAAGUGUCCUUUUUUAUGUAAAGUUUGUUUUCUUUUUCCCUGUUUGCAUUUGAUGUUUCUAAACAUAUUGGCCAUGUUUGUUGUUGAGGCUGAGAGUUGAGAAAACUAUGCGAGAAGCAAGUUUAAUUGGAUUAUUGCCUGUUCAUAGAAAUUUGUUAAUUUUAAGCAUGAUUUGCCUAAGAA